AUGGCGGACCAAAGACCUGGCACUCGAGCCACUGUGGAUCUGUUGAUCCUCGACUACAUAGUCUGCCUGUGUGUCAGCGGGCUCCUAGAAGCGAUACUUGACGGAAGACCAACCGAGGACAUUGAAUGGGCUGCACUCUUCGUUGAACAAUUCCACCGGCUGGUUCUCGGUCACCGUCUUGAAGGCCCUCUGCCCUGGGAUCUGGACCUCAAAUUGCGUAUCUUGUACCUGUCCAAUCUGUUUCUCCACUGGGACCCUCCCAAAGAUCGUGACCUCGGUCACUUUGUGCCCUUGUCUGAGAUCGCAGUUCAGUUCAUGGACCUCUGUCACUCCGCAAUCGACAACGUAUCCCGAAGACGUUGGUUCGAUCUUGGUGCCCAUUUCAUGGUGCAUGCAAUGAUGGAAGAACAAGCGCGCUUCCCAGAUCAGCUUCAGAGACUCUGCAACUGGAGAACCAACGACAGUGAGCUCGAUAUAUGGUGGGAGGUCAGCCGUACUAUGUUUCUGGAGCAUGUGCCACCUCCAUUUGGUACUGCGGAUCCCAUGAGCCGAGAGGAGCUUGAUCAAAAAUUUCCUCCCCAAUGCCUACAGAAUCGGUUUGUUGAUUUUUUCGCUGAUUUCAUGGAUAUCCUGGAUGUGCCGCUUCUUCUUCAACUGGAGCAUGGUCAGCUGGAAGGGUUGACCAGGGAGGAGACACGGCAGAUUCGAGAGUACUGUGGAUUCUAA